AUGAAUCCAUCAUUUUCUGACACUGAUGAGUUAUUCAAGAAAGCUGCCUUGCUUGCCAUUGAAUACUCCAAAGCAAGUCCUAUAUGGUGGUGUCCUCCCCCAGAAUCUGUCGGCACUACCACUGUGAAGAGGUGCUUGAACCAGAGUCAAAGACAGUUUGAAAGCUCAUCUCUUAUAACAUUUGAUAGAGUGAAGAGUGAGGUAGUAGAAGCAAAUGAUGAACUUGACAAUAUUGGUGGUCUUAUAGCAUCUGAUGGAGUGAAGAGUGAGGUGGUAGAAGCAAAUGAUGAACUUGACAAUAUUACUGGUCUUGUAGCAUCUGAUGGAAUCAAGAGCGAGGUGGUAGAAGCAAGUGAUGAAUCUGCUGAUGGUGGUAGUCCUACAACAUGUGUUCCAUUUAGGCGCUCUAAGAGAACCAAGAUUAAAAUGGGUAAAAGGAAACAGAUGAAUGCAUCUCUUGAUUCUGCCUGCAACAAAGCUCCUAUUGAUUUAGGCGACCAAGCAUAUCCAUGUGUUCACUGUGGAGCUAUUAUGUGGAUAAAUGAACGACUUGAAAAAAAUUGUUCUAACCUUCAUCCAAAGUUUGGAUUAUGUUGUCUUCAAGGGAAGGUUGACUUGCCUAACCCAAAGCAUGCUCCUUGGCAACUACAGAGGCUAUUUCACUCCAUAGAUGAUGAUAGUAAGAAUUUUCUUGAUAAUAUUAGAGCAUACAACAUGAUGUUUGCAUUCACGUCCAUGGGCGGAAAAGUUGAUAAAAGAGUAAACAAUGGUCGUGGUCCUUAUGUGUAUUGUAUUAAUGGCCAAAACAUGCAUAUGAUAGGCAGUGUUUUACCUGUUGAAGGAGCACCCCCUAAAUUUUCUCAGUUAUAUAUACAUGACACUUCCAACGAGACAACAAAUAGGAUAGCUGCUGUAAGUGGCCAAGACACAAAAAAAUCUUUGCGGCCUUCUAUUGUCCAACAAUUGCAAAAAAUAUUGGACAAUCACAAUGAAUUAGUUAAAACUUAUAGACUUGCUCGAGAUUUUAUGGGGAAUCAUCAAGGUCAGGAAGUUAAGAUUCGACUCAUUCAUAAGGGUGGUAAAAAUGCUCAUACAUAUAAUUUGCCAACAUCACCUAACGAAAUAGCAGCCUUGGUUGUGGGAGACAUUGGAUCAACUGAACUUGGAAGAGAUAUUAUUAUUCAAUAUAGAAGUGGUUUGCUUGAGCGAAUUUCUGAGACACACCAAUCAUAUUUGCCAAUGCAAUACCCUCUAUUAUUUCCAUAUGGAGAUGGAGGCUAUACUGAAGGUAUUCCACAUAAGAAGACGCAACGAAAGAUGAAAGGUGAGAGUGGAACUGUGUCACUUCGGGAAUAUUUUGCUUACAAUAUCCAAGAUCGAGCAUUGGAUGGAUCACUACUUUUAUAUGGCCGUAAAUUAUAUCAACAAUAUUUGGUUGAUGCAUAUACCAUGAUUGAGUCAUAUAGAUUGAGAUAUAUCAGGAUGAACCAAAAAAAACUACGAGCAGAGGUUUAUAAUGGUUUAGCAGAUGCAGUUUUUAGAGGUGAUACUCAGGCUUCAUUUGUAGGGAAACGAGUAAUCCUUCCAUCUUCUUUCACUGGUGGUGCCCGUUACACAAUGCAAAACUACCAAGAUGCAAUGGCUAUUUGUAGAUGGGCUGGGUUUCCAGAUUUGUUCAUAACUUUUACAGCUAAUCCAAAAUGGCCUGAAAUGACUAGAUUUUUGGAAGCUCGUCAACUUCGUAUAGAAGAUCGUCCUGACAUUGUCACACGUAUAUUUAAAAUGAAGCUAGACUUGCUUAUCAAAGAUAUUAGAAAAGAGGAAAUUUUUGGAAGUGUCAAAGCAGUUCUAUAUACAAUUGAAUUUCAAAAGCGAGGUCUUCCCCAUGCUCAUAUUUUGGUUUUCCUUGCAAAUAAAGAUAAGUUAUCUACUGCUAAAGAUAUUGACAACAUCAUUUCAGCAGAAAUCCCUAAUAAAGAAGCACAACCUGAGUUACAUGAUGUAGUGGUGAAUUAUAUGUUACAUGGGCCAUGUGGAAUAGCUAAUCCUCAUUCUCCAUGUAUGGACAAAGGAAUAUGUACUAAGCAAUUCCCAAAAAACUUUAACUCUACAACAGUGAUCCAUGAAGAUGGAUAUCCAAGGUAUAAAAGGGAAGAUAAUGGUGUACAUGUCAUGAAGAAUGGGAUCCCAUUGGAUAACAGAUAUGUUAUCCCCUAUAACGCAACUCUUUUACUAAAAUAUGGAGCUCACAUUAAUGUUGAAAGAUGUAAUCAAGGAGACUCCAUUAAGUAUCUUUUUAAAUAUGUUAAUAAAGGUUAUGAUCGAGUUACUGCUGCAUUCUAUACUCAAGCAGAUGAUGUAAGUGAGGGUUUGGUUCGUGAUGAGAUCAAAAUGUUUUUUGAUUGUCGAUAUGUUUCGUCAUGUGAAUCAGUUUGGAGGAUCUUAGGGUUCGAUAUUAAUUAUAGAAAUCCCUCUGUUGAAAGACUAUCAUUUCACUUGCCUAAUCAUCAAAUGGUGGUAUUUGAGGAGAAUGAAGAUCUUCAACAUGUUAUGUCUAGAAAUAAUGGGAAACCGACUAUGUUUGAAGCUUGGUUCAUUGCUAAUGCUAAAUAUGAAAAUGCCAAAGGUUUAACUUACUCAGAGUUCCCUAUGAAAUUUACAUAUCACAAAGAUACUUGUGAAUGGACACCAAGAAAAAAAGGAUUUUCCAUCGGAAGGAUGUAUUACACACCACCAGGCAGUGGUGAGUCAUACUACUUGCGCAUGCUUCUUGCAACCAUUAAAGGCCCAACCUCUUACAAAUCCCUUCGUACAGUGAAUGGUAUCUACCAUAAUUCAUUCAGAGAUGCAUGUUAUGCUUUAGGAUUGUUAGAUGAUGAUAAAGAGUAUACUGAUGGGAUACUUGAAGCAGCUCAAUGGGCCUCAGCCAACUAUCUGAGACGGUUGUUUUCGACCUUAUUAGCCUGUAACUGUUUAUCACGUCCAGAGUUUAUAUGGAGACAAAUUUGGAAACCAUUGUCUAAUGACAUAUUGUAUCAACAGAGACAAAUAACAGGACACCAAGGUUUUCAGUUAUCUGAUGAGGAGUUGCAAAAUUUAACCUUGCUUGAGAUUGAGAAGCUCUUGAAUGUAAAUGCAAGGACAUUAUCUGAGUUUGGUUCUAUGCCUUUGCCACAGUCAUCUGUUAUGGAAUUAAGGAGCAACAAACUUAUACGUAUGGAGUUGAGCUAUGACAAAAAAUUAUUAUCAUCAGAAUUAAUUUGUUUGUUGAACAAUUUGACUCCUGAACAGAAGAAAAUAUAUGACCAAGUGUUAUCUACAGUCAAAAGUAAUAAUGGUGGCAUGUACUUUGUUUAUGGCCAUGGUGGAACUGGAAAAACAUAUUUAUGGAAUACAUUGAGCACCUCCUUACGUUCUGAGGGAAAGAUUGUUUUGAACGUAGCUUCAAGUGGUAUUGCCUCAUUAUUAUUGCCAGGAGGUAAAACUGCUCAUUCUCAAUUUCGCAUUCCAAUUGCAGUUAAUGAAGAUUCAAUUUGUAAUAUAAAACAUGGUAGUCAUCUUAGUGAACUGCUUAUCAACACUUCCCUAAUAAUAUGGGAUGAAGCACCCAUGGCCAAUAAAUUUUGUUUUGAGGCUCUUGAUAAGUCUCUGAGAGAUAUCAUGAAAGUUCAACAAGUAGAUGCUGCGUUAAGGCCCUUUGGUGGCAAAGUUAUUUUGCUUGGUGGUGACUUUCGACAAAUUCUUCCAGUUGUGCGAAAAGGUAGUAGAGAGGAUAUUGUAUUUUCUACAAUCACUUCUUCAUAUUUAUGGAAAGAUUGUAAGGUUUUUACAUUGACUAAAAAUAUGAGACUAUUGACUAAUGCAACAUCUAAAGAUGCAAUGAGAGUUCAAGAAUUUGCAAACUGGAUUAUCUCAAUUGGUGAUGGAAAAGUUGACAACAACCAUAAAGAAGCAGAAGAAAUUACAAUUCCAGAUGAGUUAUUGUUAAACCCUACUCAAGAUCCUCUUAGGUGUAUUAUUGAUUCCACUUAUCCAGAACUGCUACAGAAUAUACAUAGUGCAUGUUAUUUCCAGGAGCGUGCUAUCUUAGCUCCAACAUUAGCAAUUGUUGAUGAAGUCAAUGAAUAUGUUUUAUCCAUGCUCCCUGGUGAUGAAGUUUGCUACUUAAGCGCAGACACAGUUUCUAAACAAGAUGAAAUAGGAGGUGCUUUACAAGAUAUUCACUCGCCAGAAUUCUUGAAUUCAUUAACAAUGUCAGGACUACCUAACCAUGAAAUCAAGCUUAAAGUAGGGGCUCCUAUUAUGCUUAUGCGAAAUAUCGACAAAUCUAUUGGUCUUUGUAACGGCACUCGAUUAAUUGUCAGUAAACUUGUCAGACAUGUCAUUGAAGCUGAGAUCAUGACAGGAAUCUCAAAAGGUCAAAAAGUUUUAAUUCCUCGAAUGACUAUUACUCCAUCAGAUACAAGUUUACCUUUCACAAUAUGCAGACGCCAAUUCCCUAUUAUGUUGUCCUUUGCAAUGACGAUUAAUAAAAGCCAAGGACAGAGUCUCACAAAUGUUGGAUUGUACCUCCCACGACCUGUAUUUACACAUGGUCAGUUGUACGUUGCUAUAUCUCGAGUUCGUAGCAGAUGUGGCUUGAAGAUUUUAAUUCUAGAUGAAGAGGGUAAACCAACAAACAAAACCAACAAUGUUGUUUAUAAAGAAAUCUUUAAUGGUUUGACAUAG